AUGAUUAAGCGGCGUGCUUUCCUCUUCUACUCAUUCAUUGGGUUUGCUCUGUUGUACUUAGUGUACAAUAUGAGCAACACCUACUCAUCAGAUCACUACGAAAUUAGUAAUGAUGAACAACGGAUCCAGACUCCAUUCCAAGUCCCUGAUCCAUUCCCCAAGGGUAAGCCUGAUUUCCGGAAAAAAAAGCCUGAGGAAUCCGAUUCUUCAAACGAAAAUAAUGUAGAAGAACAGCAACUUGCUGAACAACAAGAACAGCAGGAUGAAAAGGAGAUUCAGGAUAAGGCUAAGGAAAGUGAAGAACAGGCUAAUACCAACCCGAAAAAUAAAGAGGGAGAAGAAGGUGCCACUCCUGAAGAGGAAUCUAAGGAAGAAUCCAAGGAAGAAUCUAAGGAGGAAUCCAAGGAAGAUGAUAAAAAGGAAACUCCUAAGGAGGAGCCUAAGGAAGAUGAAAAGAAGGACGAAAAGAAGGAGGAGAACAAGGACGAAAAGAAAGAUACUAAAAAGGAGGAAGAAGAAAAAGAAGACGACGACAAGAAUGAUAAUUCCCCUCCUCUUUAUGACAAAUAUCGUGCCAGCUCUAACCCUGAUACCGAAAAGCUCAGUCUUAAAGAACGUGUUGCUGACCGUCACAAGCGCUAUCUGAACUACAUGAAGAUGCACUCCCAGCUUUCAGAAAAGAAGCAAAAGAAAGAAUCUAGCAAGCUUCAAGGCCGUUUCCUUGGUAUGGAACAUGAAGAGCUUAAGAACUUUGAAUCACCCGUUGCCUUUUUGCCCGAGGACUUUGAUGAGGGAACUUUACACCCUGCUGCGAAAAAUAUUGUCAUCUUGACUGCUUCGGAUGGUAAAGGUAACUCUGAGAUUGGUGGUGUACUCGAGGCUGCUCGUGAAAACCGUAAAGAGUACUGCUCCUACCACGGCUAUAAUGAGAUUUUUGUUAACCUUACUCGUCAUGUUAAGCCUGGCUGGCAUCCCGUCUGGUCUAAGAUGGGUGCCAUCCGUGAAGCUUUUGAGACUUUCCCCGAGUCUGAAUGGGUCUGGUGGCUCGACACUGAUGCCCUUAUUAUGAAUGCAGAAAUUGAUAUCACCAAGCACAUUUUACACAAGCGUGCUCUCAAGGAACGUAUCACCUAUUCAAGACCCCUCCGUGACCCUGAAGCCAAUUUUUACAAUGGUGCCUACAUGGAGAAAGGUGAGGUUGAUUUUGAUAAUAUUGAUGUGGUCAUUUCCCAAGACUUUUUCGGUCUUAAUGCCGGUUCCUUUUUCAUCCGUCGUUCUGCCUUUUCAGACUUUUUGCUUGAAAUGUGGGAAGAUAAACUUUUUGAAAAGCAAGAAUAUAUCCGCCGCGAACAAGAUGCUCUUAUUCAUAUUUUCCUUAACCAUGAACGGUUCCAACAACAUUUUGGCUUGGUCCCUCAGCGUCUUCUCAACUCUUACUUUGAUGAUCCUAAGUGGGUUUGGUCUUAUCAGCCAGGUGACUUUAUUGUCCAUCUUGCUGGAUGCAACACUAAGGGUAAGUGUGAAAGUUCUUUUGUUGAUCUUUGGAACAAGCGCACUCAGGUCCCUGCUGAGCACCAAGUCAGCGAUAGAAUUGAUCUUAAAAAAUAUUUCAGAAACUCUGAUCAGGAAAUUAAGAAGGAGGAAGAUAAUUAG